AUGAGUACCAUGGCAGCAAGACCGUUGGACCAGAUCCGAAAGGAAACCAAGACGGCCCAGAGGACACCUCACCUGCGCAAGAAGAACUUUACUCGUCCCGACCAGAUUGACUCCCUUGACAAUAUCACCGGCUAUGCCUACCACCACGACGGCCCCUACGAUGCUACGCUGGCGUCGCGGAAUAAGGAUCCCAAGUACGCUCCCGUCGAGGCCGUCAAGGAGAGUAAUAUGGAGGCCCUCAAGGCCACGCCGGUAGAGCACAUCCAGGACUCGCUGCGGAAAAAGGUCCCUCUUUCCGGCACUGCCGUGAUCCCGCCUGGCGAGGAAGAUUUUGCCGGCCGCACCAUGAACUACGAGGAGGGAGCCGACCUUAUGAGGGAGGAGGACGCUGCUGGUGGUCCUUAUCGCAGGUGGAAGGAUUAUGACUAUAAAUACUCCCCCGAGGACCUCAAGGGCAAGGCCGAGCCAGGCUUCACAAUGGACCGCCGUGCUAAGACCAACGGCCGCAUGGAAGGAAUGGAGGGCACAGGCGUCUACGAGAUGCAACCGAGCGGCACAGCCAAUAGUCAAGGUCACAAGGGCGAGGACGUCAUGGUGCGCCAACGUAGCUACAGCUCGGGCGCCGGCCCUUCCUCACCUAGGGGUACGGGUUCAGGCCUGGAUCGCAGCAACACCACCGGCAAGCGCCUGUCCAUGGGCAUCAAGAGGCGCAUUGGCAGCCUGCGCAGAAAGUCGCCGGAGGCAUAA